UGUUGGCUCAAAUUCAUUCAACUGAGAGAGGGCCUAGGCUAGCUACCGGUGUUUUCCAGAAAUUGAAAUUGUGUCAACAAACAUUUUAUUAAAAAGUGCUUCUAAAUAGCAAUUAUGGCGAUGCUAGGCUUUCAGCAAGCAUCGUGUUCCCAUGUAGUAGAAGAUGCGGGCUUGCAUCUCAUUAAGCGUGCUGAUCCUAGUCUGUUGCGUCAAAUAUUUCACAAGUAUGCCAGCAUUGAAUCUGAAACUGGUGAGAAGUUCAUGACUGAGGAAGACUUGAUACGUGGCUACCUUGGCAUGCAGCCUGAAAGAAACUACAACCAGUCGACAAUGAAGCUGCUGGCAGGAGUUGUAGACCAGACUAAAGAUGGAAAGAUAUCAUUUAUGGAGUUUCAAGCGUUUGAAGCCUUACUGUGUUCACCCGAUGCCUUACACAUGGUUGCCUUUCAGUUGUUUGAUACUAAUGGAUCAGGCUUUGUUUCUUUUGAUGAAUUUAAGAGUGUAUUUGGACAAAUGGAAGUCCAUCAACGUGUCCCUUUCAACUUCGACUGUCCAUUUAUUACUUACCAUUUUGGUGCUACUAGAAAGACCCAACUGUCCUAUUCAGAAUUUACUCACUUUUUGGUUAACCUCCAAGAAGAACAUGCUAAUCAGGCCUUUCAGAAACUUGAUACGAAAAAGCAAGGUGUCAUCAACGCUUUAGAAUUUCAGAAAGUGAUGACGAUAAUUCGAGGGCAUAUGCUGACCCCAUACGUUGAAGGAAACCUUGUCAAUGUUGCUGGUGGAGAAACAAAACAUUUAGUUAGCUAUCCUUAUUUUUUGGCAUUCAAUUCCAUGUUGAAAGAUGUAGAGCUCAUGCGAAGGAUUUACAACUCCCUAGCAAAGAACGACCCAUCAGUAGCUGUAACAAAAGAGGAGUUUCUACAUGCCUCGCAGGUUUUCCCACAAGUAUCACCUUUAGAAGUAGAAAUUUUGUUCCACCUAUGUACGCAGGAUAAAUCUACUGGGCGUAUAAAUAUGGCUGACAUAGACAAGAUUGCACCCGGUGCUGAUCUAGUUCGACAGCAGACCCAGCAACCUAAAUCUGAAGUAGAUAGAACGGUUUUGGUACAGGUAGCAGAGUCAGUGUAUAGGUUCAUGCUGGGCUCAAUUGCUGGCGCGGCUGGUGCCACAGCUGUGUAUCCAAUUGAUCUGGUGAAGACAAGGAUGCAGAACCAGCGGGGUGGCUCAGUGGUAGGAGAGUUGAUGUACAAGAACAGCUUUGACUGCUUCAGCAAGGUCAUCAGGUUUGAGGGCGUGUUUGGAUUGUACCGAGGUCUGUUGCCUCAAAUUGUAGGCGUAGCACCAGAGAAGGCCAUCAAACUAACAAUGAACGAUUUUGUUCGUGACAAAGUACGCAAUAAAGACGGUUCUAUACCGUUGUGGGGUGAAAUCAUUGCUGGUGGUUGCGCUGGAGCAUCCCAGGUCAUGUUCACGAAUCCAUUAGAGAUUGUGAAAAUACGAUUACAAGUGGCGGGAGAGAUUGCGGGUGCGGGGCCAAGGGUCAGUGCCAUCAGUGUCAUCAAAGACCUUGGUUUAUUCGGUCUUUAUAAGGGAGCCCGAGCUUGUUUCCUCCGUGACAUUCCCUUCUCUGCAAUCUAUUUCACUUCAUAUGCACAUCUGAAAAAAUACUUUGCUGAUGAGAAUGGUCAUAAUAGUGCUCUGUCACUGCUCACUGCUGCUACAAUCUCAGGUGCCCCGGCAGCUUCUCUUUUAACACCAGCAGAUGUCAUUAAGACAAGGUUACAAGUGGUGGCAAGAACUGGUCAGACGACAUACUCGGGUGUGUUCGACUGUGCCAGAAAACUAUGGGCGGAGGAAGGCGGCACAGCAUUCUGGAAGGGUGCCGGUGCCCGUGUUUGCCGUUCGUCUCCUCAGUUUGGGGUAACGCUACUCACUUAUGAAUUACUGCAGAGGUAUCUUUAUGUAGACUUUGGUGGCAUGCGUCCUGAAGGAUCACAAACGGCCCAGUCAGUGCACCUGGCUGACCUGCCACCAGUUAACCCUGAGCAUAUCGGUGGCCUGCGGUUAGCAGUUGCAACCUUUACAGGAGUCGAGUCCAAGUUCGGACUAUUUUUACCCAAAUUUAGAAAUCCCAUCCAAAUUGCGAAACAGGAGAGUUAGCACCAAUAGAACAUUUCUAUAAAUCAUACAUAAAAUGGGAUUUUUUAACUAGCACGAGUCUUUUAAACUUUGCAAAUAGGCUGGAACAGGCAUACAGUAUAACUAGUUGUUACACUCGCUUACACACUAAUUGCCAGUGAACAAAUCUGAAGCCCUCUUCAGACUAUCAGAUAUUAUUUGACAUGCCACGACUAUAUAUGGGCAUACAACAGUUCUUUUUUUCAAAGAAAAUUGGGUAAUAAAGACAGAGCUUUAGACCCUGUCCAAAAUGUCAAAUUUUAUUGGACAAAAACAUGUGACAUGCCUAAAUAUGGUCAUGAUGAUAUCACAUCAUGACUAUAUUUGGGCAUACAAUAGUUUUCUGUCAAAGAAAAUUUGAUAAUGUGGACAGAGCUAGAUAUGUCCAUGGGCUGCAGUCAAGGAUAGAAAACGCAUUUAGGACUUGGGAUUAAUUUUUUAAAUCCAAGUCAACCGAACAACAGAACCGCAGGUUUUGAGCCACCAGACAACUACAAGUUGAAUUAACAGUCAAUACUCAGGAAGUCUUCAGACACCAAUCAUCUGGAGUGAGACUGGCGACAGGCAGAUAAACCGCAAAAUGUCAAUUCUUCCCUUCCGGAUAAUAUGAUAUCGGCAUAAAACCUCAGCGAUCAAGAACUUUGUGUGCAUUGAAAUAGAUCAUCUUUAAAAUAGACAGUGCAGCUGAAUAUGCGUAGAUAUCUUUGCCGUGUGCUAUUGUAAGUAGGUCUCUGUAUUUAAUCAAAUGAAUUGGAUUGUUUUUAUUACUUCAUUCAUGCUGUGGGUUUGUUUUUGAAUUGUGAAAAUAACCAAAAAAUAAUACCUAAACAUUAAUUUCAAUUCUAUCAAAAAUAAAUUUUAAUGAUGUUGCUAGGUUUACAAGCUUUCCCUGUCUUUUGUUUCAUUUUUUGUAAAAUAUUUUGUGCAUUCAUUUCUGCAAACUUCAGACUAAAUUAAAUUAACAAUGUAUGUCUUGAAAUUAAUAUUUUGGUGAAAGUAUUUUAAUGAAUUAAUUUAAUUGACAAAGAUGCAGUUUCUCUUUAAGAGUUUGUUAUACAAUAGAAUUUUUAAUAACAAAUCUAAUGUAGUAAAUUUUUUUACGAAGAAAAGGUUCUACAAGGAUUAUACAGAAAGAGUACACAUUGAAUAUUUUAAGUGCAAGUUUUAGGACGAUGAGAUGAAAAAUACCACAGGAGGAUUCCUGACAAGAUCUGAUGGUUAUAUAAAGUGGCUUUAAAUGUUCAAAUGAAAGGCUUAGUACGAUGGAGAGAUAAUCUUACUAAAAUUAUUUGCCUUUAAAAGGCUUUAUACAUUCACCGAAAAAACAAUGUUUGUGUAUUAGCUGGUCAACAAACUUUAACAAAAUAAGAGUAUGGAAAUUAAUCAAAUGGCUAUAAUAUUAUGAUAUCCAAUAUAUAUACUUACUAUUUAUUCAAUUAGAGGUUCACAAUAACAUUUUAAUAUUUAUUAGCAGUAUGUAAUUGUCAUAUAAAUUCAUUUAUGAUAUGAUGAUAAUCUGAUGGUUUAUGUAUUAAAUUGUUUGUUUCUGAAGUGGCUUCCUCCAUUCCACUUUUGCAUCUGGUAUGGCAAAGAGUUAUGAGAAUACUUAAGUGCUAACUUGCAAUACAUUUAAUCCUAAAAAAAUUUUUCUUCGAAAAAUGUUUAAUCUUCCAACAUAGUGCAUAAAGAUAGGGAGAAUGAUAUGGUUACACCAGCUUCAGCACAUCAGAUUUGCAUAAAAUCUACAGAACAAUAACUACAGCCUGAUAAAUUGCCAUUUUAAAAUGUAGUUUUCAUGAGAUAUAAUGAAGUAUGCAAAACUGCUAUGACAUGAUCGAUCCAGCCAACAGGUUGUGCAAGAGUUGCGCCAUUAUAAAGGUGAAGGUUCACAAAUUCUUCUUGGACUCUCUUGGAUCAAAUUAGUUCUCAAGUAUUCUAUAACUACUCUGUGGGUAUAAGAUGAUACUGUGAAUGUAAUCAUUGAUUUUUCAGGGAGUGCAUUUGUAAUUUUGUUUACAUAUUUGUUUUUUUUAAUAAAUGAUACAUGUAAUUGUUUUCAAAAUAAUCUAAAAUUUUCAUUGCAGUGAAAAUUAUGUGUUGUGUUUACAGUGUUUGUUUAUGCACAUUCGAUAAGUACAGUAUUGCAUAGAAUAACAAUGAAAUAAAUAUUUUGAGGAGAAAAAAAAACCAGAA